AGAGAAACUGCUACAACCAGAUGGUCCACAACACCGCGAAACCAUACUCAUUCAUGGCCUCCUUCCUCACUCUCUUCUCCCCACUCCUCACCUUUGUCAUCAGCCACCCUGAAUUCCUACUCGCCUUCUUCUCCUUCAUCCUCAUCUGCAGCCACAGGCGCAGCCGCAGCCGCCUUUCCAACGUCAACUACCCCAUUGUUGGCGCACUCCCCAACCUUUUCUUCCACUCAACACACCUCCACGACUGGCUCACUGACCUCCUCUGCUCCUGCAACUCUUCCGUCAUCCUCAAAGGUCCGAUAUUUUCCCACUCUAACAUCAUCCUCACAGCCGAUCCAGCGAACGUUCGCCACGUCUUCACCGCAAACUUCCCGAAUUAUCCAAAAGGGCCAGAUUUGGUCGAUGUUUUGGAUGUUCUUGGUGAGGGCAUCUUCGCAGCCGACGGAGAGGCCUGGCGGUUUCAGCGGCGGUUAGCUCAUGGACUUAUCAGUGACGUUAAGUUCAAAGCUUUUGCUGCUGAGGCGAGUAAGCGGAAAGUGGAGGGUGGACUGAUUCCCGUCCUGGAGAAGAAGGCCGCGACAUACGAAGUGUUUGAUUUGCAGGACGUUUUCCUCAGGCUAACAUUCGAUACGACGAGUAUGUUCGUCUUCGGGGUCGACCCGGGUUGCCUGACAGCGGCUGCAGAGACGUUGCCGGAGGUUGCGUUCGCCAAUGCAAUGGAUAACGCAGAGGAGGUUCUGUUUUUCCGUCAUGUUGUUCCGCUGAGCUGGUGGAAGUUGCUGAGGUGGCUUCGGGUGGGGCCCGAGAGGAGGAUGGCUCAGGCUGUUAAGGUAAUAGAUCACUUCAUUGCCGAUUACAUCGCAAAGCGCGCAACCGAAUUAGUGGGCGGCGCUGACCUCGUCUCUUCCUACCUCAACUGUCGCUAUGAAGUGGAAUCCCUCGGCAUCGACUUCAACAAAUUCCUGCGUGACUCGACGCUCAACUUCAUGGUUGCCGGGCGCGACACCACAAGCUCUGCCCUCACUUGGUUUUUCUACCUUCUCUCCCACCACCCCUCCGUAGAGUACAAAAUCCUCGACGAACUCUCUGUUUUCUCUGAUCUUACCCGCCUCGUAUACCUCCAAGCUGCUCUAUUUGAAUCCCUCCGCCUCUUCCCCCCGGUCCCUUUCGAGCACAAAGCAGCCGUCGAACCUGACAUCCUUCCAAGUGGUCACCGAGUUCACCCUCGUCACCGAAUUCUCUUCUCCCUCUACUCCAUGGGAAGAAUAGAGAAAGUCUGGGGUAAGGAUUGUCAUGAAUUCAAACCGGAGCGGUGGAUAUCAGAGACGGGAACGCUCCGACACCAGCCAUCAUAUAAAUUCGUCUCCUUCAACUCUGGGCCGAGGACUUGUUUGGGAAAGGACAUGGCAUUUGUUCAAAUGAAGAUGGUGGCAGCAGCUGUGAUUGCGAGGUUUAGGGUUGAGGCGGCUGAGGUUGGAUGGCGUGUCGGCGUGCCAAAGCUGUCGAUUAUACUGCACAUGGAAAGGGGGUUUAUGGUUAGGGUUAAAGAGAGGGAGAAGCCGCUGGUUGGGUGGUGAGUAAUUAAGGUUUGCAAUAAUGCUUGUGUUUAAAUUGGUAUGCUAUGAAUGAUGUCGAGAACUUGCUAUGGGAAUUCAAUAAGAUACAUUUAUAUAAUUAUUAAAUAUUGCAAAAAAUAA